GAAAUUAUGAGAGAAUUAAAAUUUUUGUAUGUACUGUCCCUUUAACACACAUACCACCGCGGACUUGACAUGAGAGUCAGGAAGUAAGUCAGCUGACUGAUUCACACAUGUUUGUAAUUCACUAAAAUAAUUAGUCUGAAUCAUUCUAGUGAAUCAGACUUUACACAGGUUGUUCAGACAGUCCUUUCAAUAGCACUUCACAAUAAACAUCUGGGUUGGCAUGAGGGGGGCGCACAUGCGUGCUGGGAGGGAGCGUGUCCCGCAUUGUUUGGAUCAGCUGUGCAUGGAUGUGAAACCCCACCCAAUGAGGAAGGACUAGCCGUGAAGAGCAGAUCCGACAGCCCGAACCUGCACCCGAACCUGCUCCCGAUCUAAGCGCCGUUCAUCAUGAUCGCGUUAUUUAACAAGCUGCUGGACUGGUUCAAAGCGUUAUUCUGGAAGGAGGAGAUGGAGCUGACGCUGGUCGGCCUGCAGUACUCGGGAAAAACCACAUUCGUCAACGUGAUUGCGUCGGGACAGUUCAGUGAGGAUAUGAUCCCUACGGUCGGCUUCAACAUGCGUAAAAUCACCAAGGGUAACGUCACCAUUAAGUUGUGGGAUAUCGGAGGACAGCCGCGCUUCAGGAGUAUGUGGGAGCGGUACUGUCGUGGGGUCAGCGCUAUAGUGUAUAUGGUUGACGCAGCUGACCCAGAGAAGAUCGAGGCGUCCAAGAAUGAACUCCACAACUUGUUAGAUAAACCACAGCUGCAGGGCAUUCCUGUUCUUGUUUUGGGCAAUAAGCGAGAUCUUCCUGGCGCUCUGGACGAAAAGGAACUGAUCGAGAGGAUGAAUUUGUCGGCCAUUCAGGACAGAGAGAUCUGCUGUUACUCCAUUUCCUGUAAGGAGAAGGACAACAUUGACAUCACACUACAGUGGCUGAUCCAACACUCACGAACCAGGCGGAGCUGAGGAGGCGUCUGAUUGGAGGAACAGCAUCAUGUGAUCAACUGUAUUUAAGGCGCUCUUGAUUUCGUUCUAAACAAACAUCCGCCCCUCCUCUGUUCUUAUAAACUAAUAGAUAUUAUUUGUUUCAAGUUUUUUUUUUUUUUACUUGAAUGUGUUUUUUUACGGUUCAUAAUUAAGUGUGAAUGUCGUUUUGCGUGGUUUGCUCAGACAUCACAUCCAGUCAGUCAGACCUCUUGACCCCUGACGCUCAUCUAUCAGAACAAACGCUCGAUGCGCUGCAGUCAGGUGAUUAUCAGGGUGGCUUUGGAGACCCUGUACAGUUAUGACAUCAUUCUUACAGCCUGGCAUCAUCAUCAUCAUCAUCACAACUGUGACAUCAUUCUGUGGGCAUCAAGGUCACGUGACUUGCUUUUAUCUGACUUGUAGCAUUAAGAAGUUGUCUGUAAUUUUAUCAGCAGAAUGAAAUCGUUUUUGUUAUCAUAUUUGUGAAGGCUUUUAUGUGUGUGAAUGAUUACCAUGGUAGUUUCCUCUGCCGUUGGUCUGGAGUGUUAAUGAGUCGCUGUGGUUACAGCGUGGUGUCAAAUGACAUCCGUGGGUUGCCAUAGUAACUGUUCCUAUGAUGGUGUAAAUUGAGCUUUAAGAAGGUCUGUUUAGAACGCAUCAGUGCUUUGACGAUGUUAUAUGCGUUGGACGGAUUUGAUACCCGACAAGAUGCAAUACAGUAACCGCAUCAGACGAAGCUGCUUUGAGUUUAUUACUACACUCGCAAUUCAAUCAAGCAAGAGUUUGUGUCUUUGCAACAGUUGUUGGGUCUUUGAGAAAGUUUCUCUUUUUGUUUCAAUACCACUGAGUCGCAGAUGAAUGUGCCGUUCCGUCUCGCGGGACAAACCGGCAUACAGAAUACCAAGGGAUACUUUGGCUUUAACACGGUGUCCAAACGGGGUGACGCAAUAAAAGCUAUACGCUUCCAAGUCAGAGUUUUCGUCUUAACCAGCUGCAACAAGCGACGAGUCACAGGACAUUUGGUUGGUCGUUUGGCUUUUAUUUUUGCAGCAUUGCAAAGUCCUGCUCAUAAUUGUGCAUUAAACUUUAAAUGUUCUCAUGUUGCUCGUGUUAUUAGUUAAAAUCGGCAGAUAUAUGAAAUAUUCAGAGUAUCUCUUGCUGAAAUUCAGUGUUUCUUCACAAUGCUUUUGAGUUCGUCUUCGUUAUCUCUAAAGGUUAGGGGUGUAACGGUUCACUCAUCUCGCGGUUCGGUUCUCGAUGCUGAACUCGCGGUUCGGGAUGAUGAACUCGCGGUUCGAUUCUCGAUGCUGAACUCCCGGUUCGGUUCUCGAUGCUGAACUCGCGGUUCUCGAUGCUGAACUCGCGGUUCGAUUCUCGAUGCUGAACUCCCGGUUCGGUUCUUGAUGCUGAACUCGCGGUUCGGUUCUCGAUGCUGAACUCCCGGUUCGGUUCUUGAUGCUGAACUCGCGGUUCAGUUCUCGAUGCUGAACUCGCGGUUCGGGAUGAUGAACUUGCGGUUCGGUUCUCGAUGCUGAACUCGCGGUUCGAUUCUCGAUGCUGAACUCGCGGUUCUCGAUGCUGAACUCCCGGUUCGAUUCUCGAUGCUGAACUCCCGGUUCGGUUCUUGAUGCUGAACUCGCGGUUCAGUUCUCGAUGCUGAACUCGCGGUUCUCGAUGCUGAACUCGCGGUUCGGUUCUCGAUGCUGAACUCGCGGUUCGGUUCUCGAUGCUGAACUCGCGGUUCGGUUCUCGAUGUUGAACUCGCGGUUCGGUUCUCGAUGCUGAACUCGCGGUUCAGCAUCCUGGGGUCACGUUCAGCCGAACUCAUAGUACAGGUACAACACCUGUGGCUGCUAGAGUGCAAUGCACACAGCGAUGCAGUGAUUGCCAUGUGUAUGCCGUGUUAUGUAGGUGUAGGAAGUUACACGUAUUGGAUUGAAGAGCCGCUAAAAUAAUUGUAAAUAAAAUUGUAACAACCGUCCCGUCUCCACAAUGCACAUCGGCACAGUUUUGAAACACGAUAAACCGUUACACCCCUACUAAACUUUGUUCAUAUUUGGGAGAGACAUUUUAUUAUUUUUCUUGCUGAAUUGUUUCGUUUACAGACAAUUUCAUUGAGUCACAUGUGUGGGCGUUUGAUUGGCCACUGUUGGAUUAUUCAUGUAUAUUUGCUUUCUGUUAUUUUUGCCAUAUUUGUACUGUUUAUAUUUUCACAGUGUUUUUGAACUGGAUUGUUUAUAUCGCAACUUAAACCAAAAGAAAUUGCCCUCAGUGUUACAGCAUCCUAUGAUAAUAAUAAUAAUAUUUAAAGAAAAUCUUACUCAUGUUCUCAGCAAUUUGAACAAACAGUGUGUGUGUGUGCGAGAGAGAGUGUGAGUGUGAGUGUGAGUGUGUGUGUGUGUGUGUGUGUGUGUGUAAGUGAGGGUGUGAAAGUGUGUGUGAGUGUGAGAGUGUGUGUGUGUGUGAGUGUGAAAGUGUGUGCGUGUGUGAGAGAGAGCGUGUGUGUGUGUGUGAAAGUGUGUGUGUGAGAGUGUGAAAGUGUGUGUGUGUGUGUGUCAGUCACAUAUCGAAAUCAACUUUGACGUAACAAAAUUCGCAAACUUUUGGUGAUUAAAAGUAACAGUCAUGUAGUCACUGUAAGAACGCGACUUUGUUUUAAUGAAGUAGUUUUUUUACGUUAGGGUGUAAAUCUGUCACGAACUACAACUGCACGAUGUUCUUUAUGUAUUCAUAAUUCAUGUUUAUUUUAAACUCAGUUUAAGUGUUCGCUUGGGGAAUGAGGUGAUAUCACCCCGGCGUCCCCUUGCAUGACUCAUUAUGGGAUGGAACCGGUUGCCAUAAUAACUGUAUCAUUAAACUGAAGUUAAUCAGCGUCUGAACGGACCAAACCCAAUAAUGCUCAUUACAGAACGUCUUUCCUCUAUACUGUAUUUCUCCUCUCAUCCCGCCGGUGAUAACUGUACUUCAUAUUGUUAUUUACAGAUUAUUUCAAAAUGAAGAUUAAAUCAUUUCCCUCUCAGACACACAGAUUUACUUUCCUUGAGUCAGAGUGAAGGAUUAAACGAGACUCUAAACUUGAAGUAUUAAAGUUCAAACGGUGUAUGUAACAUGUUUUACUUUGUUCAGCUGUCCCAAGGAAGAUUUUAGGGGAUGGAAAAUAUAAUUAGCUCAGUAUUACACGACUCUGUUGCUUUCAGAGAGUUCAUCGGCUCUUUGUUUCAGAACAUUCAUUCAGUCCAGUUCAAUGGGACCAGUCAGACUCCCAACUGCUGUUGUUUUUGGACCGGCCCGCCUGAGUCUGGCUCUUGUGUGUUUUGUGUUCCUCCGCUGGUAGGAUGUGAGAAGGGCAGAGGUCAGAGUACACUGGUCGUCAUGGCAGCCCUCACAGUGUGCCUUAACGUGCCGGAUGUCCAACAGGACGGACGGGACAGUGAGAAUCAUGACAGCCGAGCAAGUGGUCUUCCUGCUCAUGUGGACGGGAUGUUGAACCCCACGGCGUUGUGAUGGGUCUCGGACAGGCCCAGUUCCGCUGGACCCGCAGAGAGCUGGAGCAGAUCUGACGAGCUAUCAAACCACAAAUACAGUCGCGGAGGGUUUCCACGGCGAUUCCGAAACUCUCAAACAGACACAGCGUUAGUCUUUUAAUGGUGGAACAAUACAAAUAGUGUCUCAAAGCUGCCACACACAAAACACACACUCGGAGCAACAUCGAGAACAUUCCCUGAAGCCCAACAAAAGGAUAACUGAUGUACUGAACACAUAUUUGGAUCGUUUGUGCCAAUCGUUGGAAAUGUUUAUGAAUGUAUAACUGACUCCAGUGUCAUCAUUUUAUGUUUGGCGAGUCUUGAGCGCUCAAUCGAGUCUUUAGUUGGUUAGUUUCAUUCACAAAUUUUAAAUAAUAUGAGUCAAAGAUUACUUAUGUGGGGGUCUGGGUCGCUCGGCGAAUAUUGAUGCUGACUAUCACACCUGGGUGUGCUGAGUGACUCCAGCCAGGUCUCCUUAGCUACCAAAUUGGCCUGGUUGCUAGGGAGGGUAGAGUCACAUGGGGUAACCUCCUCGUGGUCACUAUAAUGUGGUUCUCGCUCUCGGUGGGGCGUGUGGUGAGUUGUGCGUGGAUGCCUUCACACGCGCCAUGUUUCCAUGGUAACACGCUCAACAAGUCACGUGAUAAGAUGCGCAGAUUGACGGUCUCAGACGCGGAGGCAACUGAGAUUCAUCCUCCACCAUCCGGAUUGAGGCGAGUCACUACAACACCUUGAGGAUUUAAUGAUGCGUUCACAUACAACGCUGGAUUAUAAAUUUGUGUUUAAACUCGUGAGUAACGCGAACCUGCGAAUAUUCCCGCUUCUUCCGGAAAAGGACAGGAGGCGGGGCUUCUACGACGUGGUUCAUAGUAAAGUUCAACCAAUCACUGGAAUCAAGUAGACGCGCAUAUUUUCACGCGCAACUUCCUCGCUCACUUUCCUCCAAGUGAUGUCUUUAUUCGUCCGGUCUCUGCACAUGUACGACACACCGCUACAACAAUCUUUUCCAGAUUUCUUCUGCUACUACAUCAGUGACAUCCGGACAAUCUCAAUGCUGAUAGGCUUUCGCGACAAUGCGUCAUGUAGAUUUUUCACUCUAGUUGAAAUUUCGAAUUAAUCGUUGAAAAAUGAAAUUAAGCGAUUUCACAUGUUUGAGUCGCGCCAUUCGCUUCAUUGCAUUGACUUUGUAUGUAAUCGCGCAACAUGAAACACUCGCUUCGCGUUGUAUUGUGAACGCACCAUUAGAGCGCAUCUGGAAUUGGCCAUUCCAAAUUGGGGAGAAAAUCCCCCCCAACCAAAGAUGACUUAUCUGAAAUGUUGGAUGGUCGUGGUAAAUUACACGCUGCUGACACACAUUUGUUACUGAAGUAAACUAACGUUAGUAGUUCUAAACUUUGCUUUUAAGUUUACAUUUUGUAUAAAGUAUUUUCGCUACAAUUUUAAUUAAAUGUUUCAAUUAAGGCCACGCCCACACUAAUACCAUUUCAAACUUUCCGCAAGCUGCUUUUUCUGC